AUGUUGACUUCUGCAUUCACCUCAUUUCCGGGAAGAGCUUCGUCGAUCCUACAAAAAAACGCGAAGGUUUACGGGCCAAAGCAUGCCUUGGACAUUGAGAAAAGCUCUAGCUGCUGGAAUUCGGAUGGCACACAAGAAAACUGUCAAUGGUUUGUCGUGGACUUUAACCGACCCGUCGAGCCCUACCAGGUGAAUGUACAAUUCCAAGCCGGUUUUAGCGUCGAAACGUGCACUGUCGCCUUAAAGACGUCCGAGAAUGACGCAUGGGAACCUGUCGACGAACUGGAGUUUCACGAUGUGCACGAAAUACAAACAAAAAACCUGAGAGAAAUGAAACCGUGCACUGCUCUCAAACUGACACUCGAAGACUUCACCGACUUUUACGGCCGGGUAACAAUUUAUCGAAUAGAAGUUUGGGGUAAAGAAUUGGUUCAAGGGUAA